AUGAGCGAGGCUCAGGGCGCACAAGGCUCAUUGGGCGGGGUUGCAAUUCUCGAACCUGAUGGUCCAGGAGUAAACUAUUCUGAAACAUGGCCCAUUGUGUUUCCUAAAACCACCGGUUUACUUCCUCUGGUUUUCCCAAAACCUGUGAUGAGUUCGGCAAUUAGAGCAUGGAGUGUGGCAACUAGUGUUGGAAUUGUGGAGGCCUUGAAAGACCAAGGCAUCUGCAGGUGGAACCAUGCUUUCAGAUCAGCUCAACAGCGUCUCAAAACCCAUGUUGGUUCAUCCUCUCAAGCAAAGAAGCUUUCUUCCUCCUCUUCUUCCUCUUCUUCUGCUAUGAUCUCCACAACACUAAAACCUGAGAAGCCGAAGCAGUCAGAGGAGUCCUUGAGGACUGUCAUGUACUUAAGCUGUUGGGGUCCCAACUAG